AGCACAAACAUUGCAGCGUUCAAGUUGGUUUCGUCGGUCGUGGUGUUCAAGCGUUUACAUUUAUAUUUUUUUGGGUAGAGUGUAGUUUGUCUGACAGACAGCCAGUUCGUCAGUCCGUCAGCCAGUCAGUCAUUUGUAGUAAAACAGAAAAACGGUAAUAAAAUCCAUUCCAGGCAGCCCGACAGGCCAUUCAAUUGUUUAUGGUUAACUUGCUCCGUUCGCUGUGAGAGUGGAGUGGAGUGACUUCAAAGUGAAACGUUUUUGGCCGUGUUUCUGUUUCGGUGGUUCUGUUUGCUUUUUAACGGGAACGCACAGAAAAUCCGGGAUUGUUUUCAUUUUUUUUGUUGUCGUCAAAUGAAUUGAAUUUUUUGUGUCAAAAUAAAAAAAAUAAAUAAAUUAAAAAAAUUAUUGAAAAAAGUGUUAAUUGUUCAGAGUGAAAUGCAAUUUGAAUAGACUUUGUUGAUGGCCAUUUUAUUUGUUUAAAAAAUUAUUAUAUAUUUGUUGUUGUUUCCCCAGCAAAAAAAUAAAAAUUACAACAAUAGCCUGCCUUUAGCAGAAAAAAAAAUAUCUAAACAUUCCAACAAACUUGGCAAUUUAACAAAGAUUCAGCAAUAAAAUCAAUCAGCAGAACAGACGCUGGCACUCACACAGAUACAGAUACAUCUGUAGAUAGCAAGCUCCAAACAAACUGCAUUUGUUAAGUAUCGCAUACACAAUUGAUUUAACAGAAUUAUAAUAAGAACCACAAGAACAACUACAACAACUACGCCAUGUCUAAACGAUGGACAACCAUAUCAUUCCUGAUACUCGUCUACACCUGUUACCGGUGUACAUGGGCCCAACAAACACAGAUACCUGAACAGCCAACCAAUAAUCUAGAAUUAGAAGCCGCACUGCCAGAACCCCGAGCUUAUGUGCCCGAUUCGCAAUAUCUGGACUUUGUCUAUCACAAUCAUGAAGAGUUAACAAGAUUUUUAAGAGCAACUAGUGCUCGCUAUCCCAAUCUAACUGCCUUGUAUUCAAUUGGUAAGUCCAUCCAGGGGCGAGAACUAUGGGUGUUGGUCGUCUCCUCAUCCCCAUAUGAGCACAUGGUCGGUAAACCGGAUGUCAAAUAUGUUGGCAACAUUCAUGGCAAUGAACCGGUGGGUCGUGAGCUACUCCUACACCUGAUACAAUAUUUGGUUUCCAGCUAUGAUACCGAUCAAUAUGUCAAAUGGUUAUUGGAUAAUACCCGGAUACACAUUAUGCCUUCUAUGAAUCCUGAUGGUUUUGCUGUCUCCAAGGAGGGUACCUGUGAUGGUGGCCAGGGAAGAUACAAUGCCCGUGGCUUUGAUUUGAACCGCAAUUUCCCCGACUACUUCAAGCAGAACAACAAACGUGGCCAACCCGAAACGGAUGCCGUAAAAGAUUGGAUUUCUAAAAUCCAAUUUGUCUUGAGUGGAAGCUUGCAUGGUGGGGCCCUGGUGGCCAGUUAUCCCUAUGAUAAUACACCCAAUGCUAUGUUUCAAACGUAUUCGGCGGCUCCCUCGCUAACACCCGACGACGAUGUCUUCAAACAUCUAUCGUUGGUUUAUGCCAAAAAUCAUGCCAAAAUGUCACGAGGAGUGGCAUGUAAAUCGGCCACGCCAGCCUUUGAGAAUGGCAUCACCAACGGUGCUGCCUGGUAUCCAUUGACGGGAGGUAUGCAGGACUAUCAAUAUGUGUGGUAUGGUUGCAUGGAAGUUACUUUGGAAAUAUCAUGCUGUAAAUAUCCGCCAGCCUAUGAGUUGAGGAAAUACUGGGAAGAUAAUCAAUUGUCCAUGAUCAAAUUCCUGGCCGAGGCUCAUCGCGGUGUCCAGGGUUUUGUCUUUGACAACAACAAUAAUCCCAUUGAAAGAGCUUCGCUGAAAAUCAAGGGUCGUGAUGUUGGUUUCCAAACAACCAAACACGGUGAGUUCUGGAGAAUAUUGCUGCCUGGUUACUAUAAAUUGGAGGUCUUUGCUGAGGGCUAUUCUCCCCGAGAAAUUGAAUUUGUGGUUGUCGAACAACAUCCAACAUUGUUAAAUGUCACUUUGCAGCCAUCUAAGCGCAUCGAGGGCACCUUAACACCCCUCUCACCCCUGUACCGUCCCGUACCUGGACCACCACCCCAUCUCUAUAGACCACCCACACCCGGCUAUGGAGCCGGUGAAUCGAGCAUUUUCUCCUCCAUUACCAGCGGUCUCAACAAUCUCUAUUCCAAUCUGUUUGGCUGAUCCUUUAUCUUUGUGAUCGAAAUAUUUCUCGAUUAUCGUACCAUUUAUUUAUUUAUAACAUUUUUCAUAAUCCUAUCCAUAAUUCACAUAGCAAGUCGUGAAGAUUUCGAUCCCCUGCCCCAAGAGGGGGAGGAAUAGACAAAGAAAAAAAAAAACAAAAACAGAACUAACAAAAUUAAGCCAACAACAGUAACAACAACAAUCAACCAUCCAAUUUUUGGGGGGGAGUUUCUUAAAACAAGAAUGGAACUCCUCUCAACAUAUAUUAUUGCAAAGCAAUCACAGAUCAAGAUCAACUUUAUUUUAGUAGUACUACUGCCUUAUAGUUCAAUUAGGAAAUGGGGGACAUGGGACACUGGGUAACGUAGAGCAGAUAUGUAGGGGAAGGGUAGCAUAGAGAGAAAUUGUAAGAGUUGUUUUAAUUUGUUUUUUUUUUUAUUCGAAAUUUAAAUCUCUCUUUGUUUGGGACUCUUUAAAGUGACCUAAAGCGGGACCCUAGAGACAAUCAGAAGGGAGUCUAAACAAAUAAAUUGAAUUGAACUUGAAGGGAAUUUUCAUAGGUAACUAGAAUGAAGUAUAUAGGAAGUUAAUAAGUUGAUAAUAAGUUUUCUAGACUAGCUGAAAGGGGUGUUCCCAGGUGAGUUGACGAAACUUUCCAGUUGAGUUGAAGGGAGUUUUUCUAGCUUAAAAAAUAUACAAUGUUCAUAGGUGACCAGGAAAAUUGUUGUUGACGACUUGAAGAGGAUUUUCUGAUAACCAAGAGAGAGUCUCUACGGAAGAUGUCAAUUGAGUCUUCAUUGGCUACGACGAGAUAGCAGCCUCCAUAGACCACCAGAAAAAAGUUUGUAUAGGCGACUAAAAGAGAGUCUUUAGCAAUGACUAAAAUGGAACCUUUAUUGGCGACGUGAACUCAGUAUCCAAAGGCGAGUUGAAGGAGGGUCUCUAAAAGGGAGCUGAAAGAAGAAUUUACAGAGAUCAGCAGAAGGGAAUCUCUAUACACUAUCAAACGCAGAUUAUGGGUUCUUUGAAAAAAAUUAAAAAAAAACUGUCUUUGAAAAAAUAUUCUUAAAAAAAUAUGUUUGAAAAAAUUUAAAAAAAAAGUUUUAAAAAAAUCCAAGUUUGAAAAAAAAAACUUUCCCUAAAAAUCCUUUGAACUUUGAAUUUUUGUUUUCUUAAAAAAUCCUAGUUAAAAAAAAUCUUUAAAAAAUCGAAAAUUCUGUCCCUACAAAAUUCUUUUAAAAUACCUUUCAAAAAAAAUCUUUUAAAAUUCCAAAUUUAUGGGUCCCAAAAAAUAAAGCAUGUUUGAAAAAAAAUUCUGAAGAUAAUCCACCUUAAAAAAAUUAUGUCUUUCGGUCCUUUUAAAAAAAUUCUUUGAAAAAUACUGUCCUUCGGUCUUUUGAAAAGUUAUCUUUGAAAAAAUAUUCUUACAAAAAUCCACGUUUGAAAUAGCUUAUUUAAAAAAAUCCAAAAGUGUAUUUUGUUGACCAAUGUUGAAAUUAUUCAAUAUGAGUUAAUUGGGCUUAUAUGGUCAAGUUAAUUAAAUCCAAGUUUGAAAAAAUUCUUUUAAAAAAACACGUUAGUAAAAAUAUUCUUUUCAAAAAUCCAAGUUUGAAGAAAAAUUCUCUUAAAAUUCCAAGUUUAAAAAAUAAAAAUUUAAAAUAUCUAAAUAUAAAAAAGAUUUAAAAAAUCCACGUUUAAACAAAAAAAUCCUUAAAAAUCCAAGUUUGAAAAAAUAGUUACAAAAUCCAAUUUUUUGUCCUUCAGUUCUUUAAAAAAAAUUCCACGUUAGAAAAAAUUCUAAAUUUAUGGGUUUUAAAAAAAAUUGGAAAAAAGUUCUUACAAAUUCUACAUUUAUAGGUUCCUUGAAAAAAUAAUUAAACAAAAGUUCUUAAAAAUAUAUAAAAAAUGUGUCCUAUGGUUUCAAAAAAAAUUCUUUAAAAAAUCCUUAGAAAACAACUUAAAAAUUCCACGUUUAUAGAUUCUUUAUUUUUUUUAAUUCCUUCAUUAAAAAUUCCACGUUUAUGGGUCCUUGGAAAAAAAUUCUUUAAAGUGUCCUUUGAAAAAAAUCUUUAAAAAUUCCACAUUUAUGAGUCCUUUGUUGUCUUAAAAAUUGUCUUAAAAAUCCAUUCAAAACAAUUUUUUAAAAGAUCCACAUUUAUGAGUCUUUUGAAAAUAAUUCCUUUAAUUCAAAAAAAAAUCUUUAAAAAAUCCACAUCUAUGGAACCUUUGAAAAAAAAUCUUUAUAAAAAUCCAUAUUUUUGGGACCUUUGAAAAAAUAGAAAAACUACAUUUAUGGGUCCUUUGAAAAAAAUAAUAAUAAAUAAAAAAUUAACGUUUAUGGGUCCUUUAAAAAAAUUCAUGUUUAUGGGACUUUUAAAAAAAGUCUUUAAAAAAUCUAACUUUUGAAAAAAGGUAUGUAAAAAAUUUUUUUAAAAAAUCCACAUUUAUGAGUCUUUUGAAAAUAAUUCCUUUAAUUCAAAAAAAAUCUUUAAAAAAUCCACAUCUAUGGAUCCUUUGAAAAAAAAAUUCUUUAUAAAAAUCCAUAUUUUUGGGACCUUUGAAAAAAUAGAAAAACUACAUUUAUGGGUCCUUUAAAAAAAUAAUAAUAAAUAAAAAAUUAACGUUUAUGGGUCCUUUAAAAAAAUUCAUGUUUUAAGAAAAGUCUUUAAAAAAUCUAACUUUUGAAAAAAGGUAUGUAAAAAAUUUUUUAAAAAAUCCACGUUUGAAAUAAAUAUUCAAAAAAUCAGAUUUUGAAAAAAAAACUUUAAAAAAUUCCACGUUUGAAAAAAAAUAAAAAAUUCAUUGUUUAGAAAAUAUUCUUAUCCACAAUUACAAAAACAUCUUUUAAAAUCCACAUUAAUGAGUCGGUUGGAAAAAUAUUCUUUAAAAAUCAAACUUAAAUAUUGUUUAAAACUACUGUUUUUCGUCAUUAAAAAAUAUUUUAAAAAAAUUACCUUAAUAUGUUAUAAUAAAUCCUGGGUGAUUUUAAAAAAUAUUUUUCAAAAAACGAUUAUUAAUAAAAAUAUUCAGGUAUAUUGAACGACCAGGAGGGAAUUUGUUAGACAUCAGAAGGCAGUUUUUUAGACUCCUUAGAGGGAAGUUUUCAAACAACAUUUUUUAUACACGAACAGAGAGGACUUUUGAAAGAUUACCUGCAUAAGACAUACAUACCUUGUCAACCUCCAUUUUUAAAGAAGACGCUCUUCAUUUCCAUCUUUUCAAAUUAUCUUCACUCCAUUCCCCCCACCAUCGAUCUGCAACAAAAAGUAUGUUACCCAGUGUAAAGUAUAUUGUUACCAUUUAAGCCACGGCCAAGGAAUUUGCAAAAUCAUUUUUGUAGUUGAAUGUUGUUUAAUUUUUAAGAUUUAUUUAUUGUUACCAAAAAAGAAGAAAAAAACAAACACAAAUAAGAACUCAAAUAUAUUUGGAUAAAAAAGAUCAAGAAAAUUAUAAAAAAGAAUGUUGAAAAAUAUAUAUUUAAUAAAAUGGUGUUCUCAUAUUUUAAUUAAGAUCUAUGUAUGUAUAUUAUUAAGACAAUAAGUUAAAUAAAUAAAAAAAAAACAAAAUACAUAAAAUAUUUAUAUUAAGAUGACAACCAAUUA